AUGAAACUUUUCACUCUUUCAAUCUUACUAAUCUUUUCUUACGUAAAAGUUUUGAUUGCAUUAGAAACUAAAACCACAACACCUAUUCGACGAUUGAUUUCUAUUCGUGAUCAUUAUCGUGAUGAAUUAAGAAAAAGACAAGAAGAUCAAAUCGAAAGUCAAAGUCAAGUUCAUAGACAUACUCCAUAUGCUGAUCAUCCAGAUUGGUUUUAUCUUAAUGAUCAAGAAUGGUAUAAAAUCGAUCCAACUCAACAAGACCACAUGCGGUUUCAUGCUUAUUUAGCCAUGUCAGUUUAUGGUGAUUUCAUGAGUACUUGUUCACAAACCUUUCUUAAAGGGUUUACAGUCUUACAAACUUUUGAAGGAGGUUAUAUUGCACAUAUUCCAGAAAUGGCGAGGGAUACGAUCAAAUUCGAAGAUAUCGUAUCAGGUUGUUCAGGUUGUCAAGUUGCAAAAGGAAUCAAAGAAUUAUAUUUAAGCAUCAGAUCAUCCACCAAUGAUUUUUCAAUAGCUAAACAAGCUGUUGCUCAAACUGGAUUACUUUUUUCUGUUACGGGUCAUGGGAUUGGUGGAUCGAUUGCUGCACUUGCUGGUAUGGAUUUAGGAGCUCGUAAUUAUGUACAUUACUCUCAUAACUUUGGUAUGCCUAGAACUUUCAACAUGGCAGCUGUGAUGAAAUACGAUAACCUGUUUCAAGUCUUGGCUGGUCAAAGUGUAGUAGCUCGUAAUGAUUUCUCAGUUCAUAUCGUACCACUUGGUGCUUUAGUUCAUGUAGGUUCAAAAGCUCAUAUCACUGGUGAUCGAACUCAAUGGUUACAAAACUGUUUUGGUGAUAAUGAGGAUCCAACUUGUUUAGGGGACGGUAGUAGUCAAGUAGAUCAUAAAUAUUAUUUCACUCCUUUAGGUCAAUGUGGUAGUGCUAACAAGGGAUUUUAA